AUGUUUGGCAUCAUCAUUGACUCAACCAAAGAUAUACCUAUGAUUUGGACAACCUUAACUGACCGUGCUAAGACACCUCGAUCGGAUGAGGAUUUGUUCUUCUACAGCCCUGGAGAUCUAUUCUUCAACAGCCGGAAUGUCGCUGCUUCACUCCACAACGACAUGCAAGAAUUGUCCUGGGAAGGAUUAGGAAAACUUUACGAAUGGCCACUUGCUUAUAUUGCUUGGAUGAAUGAUAAUAGCACUCAGCAGCAGAUUGAGACAGAAAUGAUGGAAAAACAAUCGCCCCAGUCCUAUGCAUCUCGGUCUGCGUCACGAAAAUUACAUGUCAGUGUGAAGUGUAUCCGACUUAUCUCCAUUCACAAUCACAAUAUCCGAAUCCUAAGCACGGUCAUUACAGAAGAAUACUUCCUUUCAUUUAGGGAGGAUAGUCCACCCAGCUCCAGCAAAUUGCAUGUCCAUAUCAAGUCGAUUUCAGUAGCCGGAUACAAUGAUGCUGAGAUGAAGGAUCUUGCAAACGAGCUGCUCAGUACAAAAGAACAAGUGGGACCAUUGGAAGCUGUUCACAUCUUACCUUGA